GGGGCAUUUGCUCUCUUUAAAUGGAAUAGAGGGAUUUAUGCUCCAAAAAUAAGUUCUCAAAGAGCGAUUUAUGCUCCAAAAAUAAGUUCAUGAAAUAGUCAGCGGCGCCUGAUGCGCGGGUUCAGAAAUUUUAGUUGUCAAAGAGCAACUACGGAACUACCGCUUCUCCAUCACAAUCUCAGCGCAUUAGAAUCAAUCUCGAAGAAUUCCCCUGAAGAUGGGGAGCUACUUUUCGAUCGUCCGAGAACCGCCGCCACCGGUGGUGUUGGUUCCUCCACUCUUCGACUAUCCUCCGCUCGGUGCUCGCACAAGGAUGCUAGAAUCAUCGUACAACUUGUUAUUUGGUAAGCUCGCGUUGAGAUGCCUCUUUGAGGACUACUUUGACGAGGCUAGGGACUUUAGCACCAGAAUUAUGCUCAGGCCCAUUGAUGAUCCUCAUGUUGAUUUGAUUGCUACUAUUGCACGUCCACUUGCUAACAAACGCAAUGCCGGUGAAGAACUUGUAGGGAAUGCACAAUUUAGGUGGCAAAGGGAUGUUGAUGACCCUAAUACAUUUAUCGAUCUUUCUGUAUCAAAUUCUGAACCAAUUCUACUGAUGAGAUCAUCUUCAUUCUAUCCCAAAUAUGGGGUUGGUGCUUUUGGAAUUUUUCCAGUACUGCUAAAAAGAAGAGUGUCUCCAGAAGAUUAUGGUGUUAUGGGUUUGAGAUAUGGCUCUUCAAACCUGUCCUUUGGAGCCAUGAUGUUGCCGUUCUCUUCUGCAAUUGAUGUUCCGAAAACUGCAUGGUUGGUGAGCAAGGUGGGAAGGUUAACUGCAGGGGUGCAGUAUGAACCACAAUUAGUUGGAAGCCAAGGUGUGCCGAAAUAUAAGGACUUAGCGAAUUGGAGUUGUGCAGUUGGCUAUGGAAUUGGAUCUGGAAGUCCUUUGAGCCCAUCAUUCAAUUUUGGCCUGGAGCUUUCUAGAAAUUCACAGUUUAUUGCUUCAUUUUACCAACAUGUGGUUGUUCAAAGACGGGUGAAGAAUCCUCUUGAAGAGGACGAUGUGGUUGGAAUAACAAACUAUAUUGACUUUGGCUUUGAGUUGCAGACCAGGUUUGAUGAUAAAAAAACAACAAAUAGUAUCAAAGAUUCUACCUUUCAAGUUGCUGCAUCUUGGCAAGCUAAUAAAAACCUCUUGCUUAAGGGAAAAGCCGGGCCGCUCAGAUCAUCAGCAGCUUUAGCUUUUAAAUCAUGGUGGAAACCUUCAUUCACUUUCAGCAUAUCAGCUAAUAGAGAUCACAUGGAAGGAAAAACAUCCUUUGGAUUUGGCAUUUGCGUGGACAGCAUCAGAGAGGGAAGUUAUCAGAGGGCUGAUCCAAACUUUGUAAUGCUGACACCUACUAAGGAGCAUCUGGCAGAAGGGAUACAUUGGAAAAAUGGAAAGAGGCCAGUCUUUGAGUCUGAUAUAAAAUCUGGGAAUUUUGAAGAUAUUCCAAGAGAACUGCGUCCCUUGGGAAAAAACUUAUAGUUUGAUCUAUCUAUAGUCUAUACAAUUUUUGACUAUAUUAGUGGUAGUUCAGUUCAACAGUGGUAAUCUUGCUUUAUUUGUUAGAGCCACAAUAGUUUUAGUUGAUAAUAAAUGGUUUGAAUAUGUUUCUAGUCCUUGGCUCCUUGCAAAUAUAGUACAUUUUGUUUUACAUCUCUGCAAAAUUAUUAUUUU